CAAAAUUAUCGAUCUUAUCGUACUUGUAUCGGUUUUUAUCAUCUCUCGAUCACUUAAUUUCAAAUUUGUUGUGCAUAGUAGGAAAAUUAGUAGGAAAUUUGAUGUGCAUAAUUUCAAAUUUGGUGCGUUACCAUUUUAGGAAAUGCAACUUUUCUUUUUCAUGGACAUCCUAAAUUAGCAUAUUUGAUUAUUGAAGUACGGAAAGAGGGAGUAAUAUUUUAUUUGUUACGUGUCAUCUUCUUGCUUUUCUAUGUUUUUCAUUUUUAUAAUUGAUCUAUGUACCCUUAAAUCCUAACUUUAAAACAAUAUUUUUGCAUGACUCUUCAUAUACUUUUAAUUAAUUUUAUUUUACAUGCGUGACAUCUUAAAUUCUAUGUCAAAAAAAAAACAUCUUAAAUACGUAGUUCAUUGCUCCUUUCACUUUCUGUAUCAAUAUACACAUCACAUAGAUUUGAUGAAACAUGUAACUCGAUCGUACGUGCACGGUGCACCACACGGGGUAAAAAUUAGUUGAUUUUACUACACUAGUAAAAGUACAAGUAUUUCCUGAUUUCCAUCAAACGUUAAUCAUAUUAAUUUGCUGAAGUUGUUACCAAUGUAUACAGUUGUUGUAUAACUAAUGUUUUAUCAUGCAUAAUUAAUUGAUUACUAAUAAGGAUUGAAAAAAUGAUUAGUGCAGCUCUUCCAAAUCUUUCCUACAAUCUAAAACAGAAAAUGCAUAAAAAACUUCUGCUUUGUCUUUGUCUUUGCCUUAUUACCAUCUUCAACAACAACAUUCCUGUUCUUGCUGAUCCUCCAUACUGGCGUUGCCGAGCUUCAAACAACAACAACAACAACAACAACAACAACAACAACAACAACAACACAGCAAUCAGUCUUUUCCAAACCAAUGUUGACAACCUUCUACUUUCACUCUCUUCAAAUGCUUCUAUCUCAAAAUUCUACAACAUGUCCGUCACCAAAACUGGCAACAACAACAACAACAACAACAACACAGCAUAUGGGCUUUACCUUUGCUACGAAUACGUCACACUCGAAAACUGCAGAACAAGCAUGAUAAUGGCAACAGAAGCAAUUCACAGACUCUGUCCGAAUUCAACUGAUGCAACAGUUUGGGGUGAACAAAGUCUGCUUCAUAUCUCUAACAAAAGAUUCUUUAGCCAUUUAGAUUUGAGUGAAGAUAUUAACAAGUAUAACACCAAAUUAGUACCAGAACCAGAGAAGUUCAGAUCAGUUGUAAACAAAACCUUACAUAAUCUUGCUCUCAAGGCUGCUUUUAAUACUUCUUCUUCUUCUUCCUCGGAUCAUAUCAUGUAUGCAACUCAGUCUGUUGCUUUUACAGGUGGGCAUAACAUAUAUAGUCUUGUGCAGUGUACUUUAGACUUGUCUUCAAUCGAUUGUCAACGUUGUCUGCAAAAUGCUAUUGUGGAAGUUCUUGGUUUGGAUAACUAUCGAUUUCGAGGUGGAAGACUUCUUAGUAAAAGUUGUUAUUUAAGGUACGAGUAUUACGCUUUCUAUGAAGGAAAAACAUCAGAAGAUCCUGUAGGUCAGGGUAAACAGUGGAAAGCUCGAUUUGUUGCAAUUGGGUUGGCUUGUGUUCUAGCAGUUCUUGCAGGAUCCUGUGUUUUUUACUUUUUACUGAGAAGAAAGUUUCAAGAUUUUCGAGGAAUGGACAGUCCCUUGUUUGAUUUGGCUAGUAUUCAAUCUGCCACAGAUAACUUCUCUGAGAAACAUAAACUAGGAGAAGGCGGUUUUGGCCCUGUGUUCAAGGGAAUUCUACAAGACGGAACCAAAGUUGCUGUCAAACGGCUCUCCAACACAUCUGAUCAAGGAACAGAUGAAUUUACCAAUGAAGUUCUUCUGAUAAUGAAGCUUCAACACAAGAAUCUGGUCAGGCUGUUGGGAUUUUGUGUAGAGAGAGCUGAAAGGCUGCUGAUCUAUGAACUUAUGCCUUCUGGCGGCUUAGAUUCAUGGCUUUAUGAUCCACAGAAAAGUGCACAAAUGACAUGGAGUAAAAGACUUGACAUAAUCAAUGGGAUUGCUCAUGGAGUCCUGUAUCUGCACGAAGAUUCCCGACUGACUAUCAUACACCGAGACUUAAAGCCUGGUAAUAUACUGUUAGACUCAGACCUGAAUCCUAAGAUUUCAGACUUUGGUAAUGCCAGAAUUUAUGGAACUGAAACUGAAGCAAGUACUGUCACUGUAAUUGGUACAUAUGGGUACAUGGCACCUGAGUAUGCAAUGGAAGGAAUGUAUUCUGUAAAAUCCGAUGUUUUCAGCUUCGGAAUCAUAUUGUUGGAGAUAAUAACAGGAAGAGUAAGCAUUGGAUUUCAUCUGACAGGGAAUGGUCCUAGUCUCCAAGCUUAUGCAUGGAAAUUGUGGGUCCAAGGAAAAUGGAAAGAACUUAUGGUACCAUUGCUGAAAAGUAAUGAUUCAUGGGAUAUCACUAAUGAGUUCUUAAGAUGUUUGCAUAUUGGAUUACUCUGUGUUCAAGAGGAUCCAUCUGAACGACCAACUAUGUCGUUUGUUGUUCACAUGUUGAAGCAUGAAAGUGUAAAUCUGAAGCCUCCGAAACAACCUGCAUUUACUGUUGGAAGGUUUGGUGAUCACUAUGAAAUAAGUUCUAGAAUAUCCAAUACUAUAAGAUGUUUUGAUCUUCGAGAUAUUUCUGGUCGAUGAUUCGUUAUUCUUUUGUUUUAGUUAUUUGACAUAAAGAAAUGUACAAAAAUUGAAGCUAGAGAAGUUUUUUGUAUGUAUUUGGUGCAUGAAUUUCAAUGUAAAGUAUAAAAUUUAUGAAUU